CCAAACAACCGUCACCAUGUCACUAAACCAAAAAUUAAGGUUAACUUACAGACAAUCACCAUAAACAAAUUCAAAUGAAAACACCAGCACAUCAAAACAUUACAAAUAUGCUAUAAUGUCCGGCGACGAGUCGUUAGAAGCAAGGCAAAAUAACGAAUUUGAGGCCAUACAAUCGAUUUACGGAAAAGAUUUAAAAGAUCUACGAAAUAAACCCGCCUGGAAUCAAUGGACUCCAUUAAAUCUAUCCAUCACAUUGACUCCUCAAAAAGGAAAUUCAGGAACACAUGAGAUACAUGUGAAAAUUGAUCUGCACAUACAAUGUUCAAGAAGUUACCCGAAUAGCGUGCCGGAAAUAGGAUUAAAAAACAGCAAAGGUCUGUCAAACGCUCUCGUUGAGCAGUUACAGAAAGAACUAGAAAAUGAAGCUUUCAACCUACGGGGCGAAGAAAUGAUAUUUCAACUGGCCCAAUAUGUUGAACAAUUUCUACACAAACACAACAAACCCAGCUCGAAAAGUUUUUAUGAUGAAAUGCUUAAGAGGCAAAAGGAAAAGGAGGAGAAAGAGUUGGAGGCAAAAGCGAGAGAACAAAACCGACAAAGACAGGUUAUGAUCGAGGAGGUGCAAAAAAGGCAAGAAAUUUUAAAAACCGAAUCGAAAUUAUGGAAAGAAAAUCGAUAUUUUUCGGAGAAUUCCACCGACGAAGAAUUUGAUACUAACCGGCGGCCAUCCUUCAAGAGAAGUUCCUAUUCUGAGAAUUGUGAAAACCCUGCAUGUGUUCAUUCGCAAACGUUAAAAAUUGAUUUUGGAGGCCGUGAAAUUCAACGAGGGCGAUGUCUAAAACACUCCUCCUCAAAUCUUGUUGUCUUUGGCGGCAUGGACGUAGAUUCGGGAGAAAUUGUUCAAAUCAGCGAAUGGACAAUAAAUGUAAGAGGCGAGAACGAGAUUCCCGUAAUUCAGCGUCAACUCUCCAGCAUCGAACAGGAGUUCAAUCAUUUGAUGAAAUUAAGACACUCAAACAUUGCACAAUAUCAAAACAUUAAGCAUGAACUCGCGAAAACGAAGGAUAAAUUUGUAUUGUAUGCAGUUCACGAAUUUAUUAUGGGUGCAAAUUGUAAUACUUUAUUCGUAAGUCGAAAUAUUAAGGUUGAUAUAGAUUUGGUGAAGUAUAUUGCAAAAGGAGUACUUGCAGCACUUGAUUACUUACAUAGGAAUAAUGUCGUAUACAAAAAUUUAUCUGAUACUUGUGUGUAUUUAAGCAACAAAGGUGUGAUUGUCUCAAAAUAUAGCAUUCACAGAAGAAUAUCCGAUUUAAUACAACAAUCUCAUAUGAACUAUGGAAAAAAGACUGAUAUUUAUAAUUUUGGUGUAUUUCUAAUAUCACUGAUUUUGGGAUGUGCAGUUGAAACCAACGAGGUGGACAUACCCACCAGCAUCCCCUCAGAUUUGUACGACUUUUUGCACAGAUGUCUUUCAAAAGAAGAAAAGGAAAGAUAUACAACCACCCAGUUGUUGAACCAUCCAUUUUUUCGUAAACCUUCAGUUCAUUUUCCACCUAAUAAUAAUUUGGAAGAGGUGGCACAAGAGGAUAGUUUACCAAUGGGUCAGGAUUCGGCUCAACCUCCGUCAAACUCGCAGAGUCGAAUAAUUAAUGAAUUUGAAUUUUUGCAUCAUUUGGGAAAGGGUGCGUUUGGUGACGUAAUUAAAGUACAAAAUAAAUUGGACGGUCGCUAUUACGCAAUCAAACGAAUAAAACUCAAUCCCAAAAAUAGGCAGUUGAACAAAAAAAUUGUCAGGGAAGUUAAACUUCUCUCCAGGUUAAAUCACGAAAAUGUAGUAAGAUACUACAACUCGUGGAUUGAGACUUCAACAAUAAAAAAUGAAGAUACUGACUCUUCUAUGACGACCCCGUCUGAUUUUGAUGCAAAUGUUCCUCGAGUGGUUAAAAAAGACGAGUUCACACUUAGUGAUAACAUAGAAGAUUUGGCACCUCCGCCAAAAAAUGUUGAAGUGUCUGUUACAUACGAUAGCAAAUCUCAACGGGUAUUUGAUUCAUCCGAUGAGGAAUCUACUGACGAUGAUGGAGGAUGGCCUGCAUUUUCGGAUUCGGAUGGUAUUGAAUUCGAACACAAUUCAUCGGAAUCGGUCUCGAAAGCACUAUCUAAUUCAUCAGAAAAUUCGGAAAAAGAAAGCAGUCAAGAGAAUAAUGUAACACUGUCACAAUUUAUGUAUAUACAAAUGGAGUUUUGUGAGAAGAGUACUUUAAGAAGUGCCAUUGACAAUAACCUUUACUUAGAUGAAGAUAGAUUGUGGCGACUUUUUCGAGAAAUCGUUGAAGGUUUAGUUCAUAUUCACCAACAGGGUAUGAUCCACAGGGAUUUGAAGCCGGUCAAUAUUUUCCUGGAUUCUGGGGACCACGUGAAAAUUGGAGACUUUGGACUUGCCACUACAGAAUUCAAAGCAAAGCAAAACGAGUAUAAUUCAAAUAAAAGUCCAAUUGAAAGUGAGAAAGAAAACGCGGUUGAUGAAAGUAAAACCGGAGCGAUAGGGACCGCUUUGUAUGUCGCACCAGAAAUCAGUCAAGCUUCUAAAGCUUUUUACAAUCAAAAGGUGGACAUUUAUAGUUUAGGUGUGAUUUUAUUCGAAAUGUGCUACAAACCUCUCGUUACUGCAAUGGAGAGGAUCAAAGUCCUUACUGGAUUACGAUUAAAGGAGAUUCUCAUGCCUGAGGAUUUCACCAAUAGAAAGAAUGAGAAACAACAAAAUCUUAUAAGAUUAUUGUUGACGCACGAUUUCUCAAUGAGACCAACCUCUCUAGAGUUGCUUCAGUCGGAAUACAUUCCGCCACCAGUUCUAGAAGAACGAGAACUACAAGAACUCAUCAGGCAUACUCUUAGUAAUCCACAUUUGAAAGGUUAUAGGUAUUUGAUAGAAUCGUGCAUCCGUCAGUCGGUGGCGCCUGUACAGGAUAUAACCUAUGACAGAGAUCCAUUAUCCUUUCAUACGAUGAAGCCAUUACAGAUCUACGACUAUGUACGACAGUGUACUGUACAGAUUUUUAAAAAACACGGAGGCCAAAACUUGGCUACUCCGUUGUUAAUGCCAAAAAGCAAAUAUUAUGAAAAUGUUGAUGUUUGUGUUAAAUUGAUGACGAACUCUGGAAACUGUGUAUCUUUACCCCAUGAUCUCAGAGUACCUUUCGCAAGGUAUAUUGCCUGGAAUAGUAUUCAACAAUUUAGAAGAUACUCUGUUGAAAGAGUAUAUAGAGAGAGAAAAGUCUUUGGAUUUCAUCCAAGGGAAUUAUACGAAUGUGCCUUUGACAUUGUCAGUCCAACACCAGGUAACUUAAUGUCAGAUGCCGAGAUUUUAUAUGUAGUUUAUGAAAUAAUCAACGAAUUUCCCAAUUUAAAAAAGAAUUCAUUUUCAAUUCGUCUCAACCACACUAGUCUAUUAAAAGCUAUUUUACUCCAUUGCGGCAUAAAACAGCAGAAACACGAAGAAGUCUACCACUUGAUAUCGGAUAUUAAGGAGGGCAAAGUGCCCAGGAGCCAAAUGCAGACCUACCUUAUAAGUUUGGGCUUGUCAGACAAUUUUAUACAUAGCGUAACGAAUUUAAUCAGUCAGGACGUAGAAAUUUCCAAACUAACCAAUCAAUUUCAAAUGAUACUAAAGAAAAAAUCGGGCGAGGCCAGUGAAUUGGCCAAACAGGCGGUACAAGAUUUGAAACAAAUAGCUCAAAAUGCUGAAGCUUUUGGUAUAAAAUUUGAAAUAAAAGUUAGUCCAAGUCUGGUAUAUAACAUUAAUCAGUUCUCUGGUAUGAUUUGCCAGUUUGUGUGCGAGUUGAAGAAGAAACACAAGCAUAACUCUAUGGAAGUGGUGGCUGCAGGCGGCAGAUAUGAUGCCAUGAUCGCCAACUAUCGGAAUAUUAUGCUUCAGGCAAAUAUGCUUAGUAAGGACAUAAAACAAUCGGCUGUGGGUGUUUCACUGUCGUUGGACAAGUUAGUACAAGCUAUGCAAAGAGAUUCGGAGUUCAAUAUGCCUGAUAAUUUAGAUGUUGCCGUAUGUUCAAUUGGAAGUAAAUCAAUGCUGAAGGAAAAAGCCAAGAUUUUAAAAAGUUUGUGGAGUGCAGGAAUUCGCUGUGUUUUAAUCGAGUCUACUAGUUUAGAAGAGAUACAUGAACAAGUGAAUGAACUGAAAAUUCCCCAUAUAGUUAUUUUACGUGAUAACGAACAAGGUACAGUAAGACUUCAAAGUUGGGAACGUGACAGAUUUCAGGAAUCCUACAUUGCGACAAGUAAACUUGUACCAGAGCUACAAAGAACUCUAAAAACGUGGCAGGAUAAAAAUAACGAUGUUCAAAGCUUCAAUAUCGCUAGAUCUGACAGUAAAUCUCAUAAUGACUCAUUUCAAGAAACUGCACCUAACGUAGACAUAUUGUUUGUUACUGAAGAAAAAUUGUCUUCAAACUCACGGAAGAGAUACGAUAAUCAAGUAAGAUCCCACUUGGAAAGUCUUUUCAAGAAACUAUCGGGAUAUGUGAUCGUCUUGGCAGUAAGCUUGGAAACAAAUGUCAUACGGACGCUCUCCUCAUAUUUGGAGUUUGACAGUGAAUCUCGUUUCCAAAAGUCCGUGGGAAAUGUGAUUGAAAAGCAUCAGAGGCAUAAACGUUAUUUGAACGACAUUUGUGACGAGAUAUGGGAGUACAGUUCUAAAAGGACCAACCCCAUCAUAGUGUUAUUUAGCAUAACUGACUAUUUUUAUAAAGUGAUUAUUUAAUAAAAACUCUUACAACUGCUUACAAUAAA